AUGGCAAACACUUUAACACGAAAGCUGAAACAAUUAAUUCUUUUUUUUAGCAAGGUAGACAAGGUCACCCCAACUGUUUCUACUUCUACACAAUCAAAUGAAACCAAUCAUCGCACAAAGAAAGAUGCUAUCAAGAUAACAGAACCCCCCAAGAUCUCGACAACGAAAGAUGAAAAAAGACAAUCAAAAUCUGAGCCCAAUAAUUUUGUGCACUCUCCUGUAGACAUGGUUGAUAAGGAGACCAAAAAAGAAACUACUGCAGUCGAAACUAGUGAAACAGAAAAGGUCGGAUUAGAGAAUACAAAAGAUGGAAAUAACUGCGAAUCUGUUAUCGAAAAUAAAGGACACAAGUCGUGGACUCAAUCAAUGCAUAGUGUGCAAAAUCAACUAAAACAUGCUGAAACUGUACAGACUGUGGGUGCAACUGUGGCAUUUUUCUUUCCGCUUAUUGCAGGAAUAUUCAUCUAUUGGCAAUUCAGAGCUAUCGAAGCAGCGCUUGGAAAGGCUAAAGGAGCAGUAUUCCAGGGGGCAAAUUUGAUUCUUCAAAUGGUCUUUUCAAAGAUCCGCCAACUAUUCUAA